UCUCAAAAUCAGCUCUUGACCGCAUGGAAUGAAAAGAUUUGAUGGUUGCUUGUCAACUCGAGGUCCCAGACCGAUCAACCCCGUAGUUAAUCGCGCAUUGCCUGUUUCUCAAUCAGUACGGUGCGUUUCAUAUCAGGGGUACAUUUUGUCGUUUGAAUAUCAGGUCUUGAAUGUAUGCCAACAUACAGAUGCAGUCCCUAGAAUCCAAAGCAUUGCAGACCUUUGUGAGCUUCCUACAUGUAACAUCGAUGUCUCGUCCUCGUCCACUAGGCUAACUCACACUUCCACCUUACCCGUGAAGUUUUUUUCAUACCCCGAUGAUGAAUUAAAUUGAAGCCCGCUAGAGUUUUGACGUCUCCCACCUCCGCAAACGGGAAAAUGACGUCCUUAACUUCCACCUCGUCCGGCAAUCUCGGCCUACCCGCCAAUUCAUACAUCUACUCCAUCACCCCAUUGACCGCCCAGGUGGGAUUCAAGAGCUAUGCUCCUGUCUUGGGACCUGGUCGUAUGGCUGCCCUAUGUUCCGACGACUCCGUCCGAUUUUUCGAUCCGGAGCGGUGUUCAGCGGGGCAAUCAUCAUCCGGGUCAACAGCUCUGCAUAAUGUCAAUUCAAGCGUGACGGCUCUCUGCCGAUGGGCAGCGGACGGCGAAGAGUGUAAGAACAUUUUCACCACCGGUAGAGAUGGGUUGGUAAGGCUUUGGGAUCUGCGGAGCGGCAAGAAGAGCAUGGAGUUGUCGAGCCCGAAGAGCGUACCGAUGUCGGCGCUGGGAGCGAGCUAUGCAGGCAAUUGUAUCGCGGCGGGAAUGGAGUUGGAGAAGAAUGGACCAGCAGAAACGCUCUUGUUUCUAUGGGAUCCUAGAAAACCAGGCAGUCCCUCAGUCACAUUUGAGGAAAGUCAUACAGACACAAUAACAGAGAUCCAAUUUCAUCCAGAGAAACGGCAUUUAAUGCUCACCGGUUCUACAGACAGCCUUAUCAAUAUCUUCGAUAUCCGGCAAACGGAGGAAGACGACGCAUUGAUUCAAGUGAUCAAUCACCGCUCUGCCAUCCACCACUGUGGCUUCCUGUCCGAUGACAAUAUCUAUGGCCUGGGAACGGACGAGACUCUAUCUUUCUACACUCUGUCGGACCCCGAUUCCGAUCAACCCGAUCCGAACCCCGCACAGCUAGGAGAUGUCCGAGAGUCGCUGGAGUGUGACUACGUAGUCGAUGUGGUCCGAGCAGGCGGCGACUGGAUGCUCGUUGCCGGCAGCUUCACGGAGAAGCGAGUCGACCUGGUACCUCUUCGCGCUCCCAAUUCCAAAGGCUCUCUAUCAUGGACGCCGGAUACCGGUUCACGAGUACGCAUAUCCGGAGCGCAUGGCGAAGAGCUCGUGCGAGACGUGUACGCGGAGGUGGCCGAUGCAAACAACCCUAUCGUCAUCACCUGUGGGGAGGAUGGUUUUGUGCGGAGCUGGAAGUCAGGUUUGGAGAGACAAGGGCGUGAUUCGGUGGGGAAGAGCUCCGUUCAGAAAAGCAAAUCGGGCAAAUCGAGCGGCAAGGGGGAGAAGGCAAGAUUCAAACCGUAUUGAGAUUUGAGGGGCUAGAUGGAAGGCUAGAGGGACAAUUCAUGCCAUCCUACGGCCGUACUGCACGUAGUAUGAGUCACGACGCAGUCAACUCUGUAAUACAUAGUCUGUAAGUUAUGAAGAAUGUCAGGUGUGGUGUGGCCUGGUCCUGAUCAGCUCACGGUAGCAAACCGUGCACUGAAGCGGUUAUACAGAAUACUACCUACUUGGUUACCGUCAUAUGAAAGAGUGAGCUGUGACUUGUGAGAACGCAUCUGCGAACCAGGUCACUCGCGGGAAUAUGGAAUAUUAGAAGCAUAAAUGCCCGAAGGCUC